AUGGGUACAAUGAGAAGCACUCCAACUCGCUGCUAUGGAAACCAUACUAAACCACUAUCGCUGCCACUUGAUGUCAUUAUGAAAGAGAGCCAAGCAGCUAUUAAUGCUCUAGCAUACCAACAGAUCAACUCAAAAUUAGUGUGGGACUGCCUGCAACCCCUUUUAACCCUAGCCAGUCAUAAUAAUAGAAAAGUCUUUGCAUCCGUGGAAGAAAUACGUCAACACCGAAAGUGCCCUGUCUUACAGAAAAGAGACGAUUUUCCAAACACGCCGUUUAAAGAAGCAACUAUUGGCGAGGCUGAUGAAGAGGCCCAAGAUAGUCCGAUUCUGCAAGAGUUGCAAAGAAAGGAGUUGUUGAGCUACAAAUUUGAUUUGGCUACAAGUACUCCUAUGCCGAGAAUACAGGAACCAGUAAUAUUUGAUAAAAAUAGGAUAUCUGAUAUUCAAUUUGAUACAGAAAAAAGUGUACCAGUAGUUAACAAAAGUAUCAUUAGAAAAACGGAUUCACGAGUCGAUUCCAUAAAGGACGAGGAUCAUUCUUCAAAAAGACGCGUGACUUUUGUGGAAACACCUGGAAAUAUCAAAAAUAUGGAUUCAGGAGUUCGAGAAGAUAAAAGAGACAAUACACCUGAUUAUUCAAAAGAAAAAACAUCUUGUUCGCCAGUAACCCCAGCAACUGGAAUUGGAUCCGACCAGUUUUAUAGUGCCAAAUCAGAGUUGGAAGACUUUAUUCCAACAAGAGCAACUGGAUUUUCGAGGCAUAGACCACCAGCUGGAGGAUGUACACCACUGGGUGUUUCAUUUUUAUCUAAGGUCAUUCCUGCUAAGGGAAAUAUUACCGCGUCAAGUGAUUACCACGUCUCCAAUAAAUUAGAAGAAAACCAUGGUGUUUCUACAACCCCUAAAAAUGAAGAUAUCAACACCAAUGAAGUUGACAUGGAUAUCACUUGUGAACACUUGCCGACUUCGCCUAUUGUUUAUCUGGAGAAUAUAGAACCAAGAGGGGACGCUUGCAAAAUUACUACAGAAGCAUCCAUAGUUCGAAACUCUAAUGAAAAACCAACCGAAAUCGACCGAUUCGAUACUGCCAACUCAGAGUUCAAUAAGGUUUCUUCUACCCCUGGAUUUAUCAGACGAAGAGCACCGCCAUUAUCUGAAAGAUUUGCACCUGUAGAGGUGCCUCAAAUUCAAUCCAAAACAAAUGCCCAAGCAAAUAAAAAUGCUUUGAGCGACGCACCAAAUCUAUCAAUACAAAAAACAUUUAGUGCUGCUACUUCAAAAGACGGAAGUCUGAAUACAAGUGGCCCAAUUGAAGUAUCCAUGGAAUUGGAAUGUAGUUGGGAAAACCGGAAAUUUGAAUCGAUAGAAAAAUGUUUACCACUGAGCUCAAUAAAUUCAUCAAAAUCACCUUCAUUUUCACCACGAACCAGAAUUAGCGAGCAAUCGGAAGAAGGCCCCCAUUACUUUGAGUUAAAAGGCAGAGUUACGCAAUAA